AUGGCAAGAAAUUAUAAAACAGAAAUGACUCUUGAGGAACACAAACGAAAAUUUUUUAUUCAGAGUAUAAGUCCUGAAACGACAAAACGAUCAUUAGAGGAUUAUUUUUCUUCAUAUCCAAUUGAUUGGUGUGCAGUUCCGCGUGAUGAAACAGGUAAAAAUAAAAUGCAUGGUAUAGUUAUGUUUUCGACAAAAGAAAGUGUUGAUGCUGUAAUGGAAAAACGUAUCCAUCGAAUUGAUGGCCAAGAAGUUUUCAUUCAUCGAUCAGUCCCGUCACAAAAAUCGGGGAAGAACAGUCCUGAAAUUCAACAGUUGAUUGUCUCAAGUUUAAACAAUCAACCAUUAGUCGAAUUACAGCUUAAAAAAUAUUUUGCUCCAUAUGGAACAAUCGAUAAUAUGACAAUGGAUGGUAAAAAAUGGAUUAUUAAGUUUGAUUAUUAUGAUUCAGUCGACAAAGUUCUGUUAGAUUCUCCACAUCGAAUUGGAUCAAUCGAUAUCAGUGUUGAGAAAGGUGAUCGAGAUAUGCAACGUAGGCAGUCAUUUGCUGCAGAACCGACGUUCAAUACUCAAAAUAUCAAUAGUACUGGCGUAAUACCAAAAAAAUCGAAUCUGAAACAAGUGACAAUGAAUGAACAAGUCACAUGUCUUAAUUUGCCUGAAAAACGAUAUCGUAUUCAUAUUACGAAUUUACCAAGAAAUAUAGAUGCUGAGACUUUAUCCGAAGCAUUUGAAUGGGAUAUUUGUGAUAUUGUCAUGAAGCCAUCCGUCGGUGAUCGAGCUUCACCAACACAAUGUUGGCUAAAAAAUGCCAAUGAUGAAGAGGAAGUGAACAAUUUCGUCCGACGCUGGAACAGAAAAUCUUUUAAGGAAUUUAUUAUCGAAUGCAAUAAAGAAGAAGAUGAAUUAGAAUUAUGUAAUCACCAUCAAUUUGGUCAAUGUCGAAAAACUAAUGCUGACUGUGAUUGGAUGCAUAUACCAUGUACGGCAAAUGGUGUUUGUGCAUCGACUUGUCCUUACGGUCAUCCAAUCGGAAUGAAGUCACGAGAUACUUCUCUGAGUAAUAUACGAACGACGAACACUAACUAUCGAGUAAAAAUCAGUGGUUUUAGAGCACGAGUAACACCCCAAUAUCUUACUCAACGAUUUGGACCUCAUACUUAUUAUAUCGAUCCUAAUCAUGAUUGCGUUGGUUACGUAGUUAACAUCAAAACUAUGAAGUUUGCCAAACAAUUGAUGACGAAAUGGCAUAAUAAAUAUAUAGAUGGUCAAAAAAUUAGCUGUCAAUUAGAGAUUAAUCCAAUAUCGCCUGCUCAUUAUAACAAUUCUCGCUCCGAGGCAGGUUCAAUUGAUGAAGAACGAAAACGAACUCGUUCUAGUAGUCGUCCACGCGAUGCGCGCAGUGUUCAUAGCUGUCAAGAAACAUCUGAUCUUGGAGAUAUAAAUAGUACCACCUGGACGACGAGAGAAAAUAAAGAGAUCGGUAGAGAUCGUCGUAUUAGUGGCAAAGCUCUUAGUAAUGUUACAUCGAACAUCGAAAUGAAAUAUAAAUUACGUAGUGAUGUACCAACAAAUAAAUUACCUAAUGAUGCACUAACAAAUAAAUUGCCUAGCGAUGUACCAACAGAUAAAUGGGAAGUAACAAAAAAAGCACCGAACAGUGAUGAAAAGGUAUUAUUAAUACGUAGUAAAGCGGAUCGAAAAGAGCUCGCCGUGAUUAAGACUUAUCCAAAGGAAUUUCUAAAUAAUUUUCAACAUGAAAUAACAAUUAUGAAAGAUUUGAAAGAUGUCAAAGGUGUAUGUCAGCUGAUUGAACCAGAAAAUUUAUCGAAUAAUCUCGUUCAACGAUGUAUUAAUAGUGAUUGUUUAUGGAUGAUUAUGAAACGAGCUCCUGGUUAUUCAUUAAAAGAAUUCAUUGAACGAAAAUGUCAAGGUGUUCUUCAAAUUUCAACAGCGAUUCAACUAACUCUAAAUCUAGUGGAAAUUAUACAACAAGUGCAUAAAAAAGAAUUAUUCCAUUUGAAUCUAUCGCCAGAAAAUAUUAUGAUCGAAUGGGAUUUAAAAGUUUCAAUUAGUUGUGCUCAACUAACUGUAUUGAACUUCAAUCAAGCUACGAUAGUAUCAGACAGAACAUACAUACCAGUUACAACAUCAGCACAGAAAUGGUACCAUGCACGACAAAUAGAUGAUAAAGGAUUGAGUUCAACAAUUGAUCCAUCUGCAAUAUGUGCAAUUCUUUUCUGGUUACUGACACAAAUCGAUCCUCAACAUGAUAAUGAUGCACUUCCUCAUCAACAAGCACGUGAAAAAUUCGAUGACAUGAUCAAAAGUACCAUCAAGUUCGUAGACAUGAGUCAACAAAUCGUACCGAAAGAACACUUAAAAAUGUAUUUAAUGGAUACAUUUGAUCGAGCUUUUGGCUAUCCUCACCAUCAUCCAUGGACGAUUAAUGAUCUUGAAUGUCGAUUAAAGUCAAUUCUUCAAUUACUGACACCAAUCGAACCUAAGCUAGAUACCGCUGAUGGCAUUUUUCAAGAAUUGAUAUCGAUCUCAGAUGUUGUGUCAAUUCCACCUAUUGCAACCAGUAGUACUCAACGUGAUGCCUUCGCAAAAGCAUCAGAAGCAUUCUAUCAGGCAAAGAAACAUUUCUUGGACAAUGGACAAAAUAAAUAUGAAUGGUCUGAUGGACACUGCAUAUGGGUUUAUAAUCCACAUAGUUCAAUCAAUGAACGUCAUAAUCAUGAUGUACUUACGUAUCAUUUCACUCGCGGAAGAACGACCACAUCUUAUUCUGUAAUUAUCAUGUGUUUAGCAAGUUGUAGCGAAGAAGGAAGUGUAAUGACAUUGUCUAUUGGCAGUGAUAUCAAUGGAAAAACGAUUCGAAUGCCUAUCGGUCAAUAUUCCACAGCUCAAGAUUAUAUAGCAGAUGUACAAGAAAAAUUCAAGACAGAAUUAAGAAAUCUACUUUUAGCCAUUUAUAAUGAACGAAAAAUAAUACAACAUCAAUAG